CGAGAGAGACAAAGCCUGAUUAAUAAAUUUCUUUUCUAUGUGAUUAAAUUGAAACUGAUUAAUUAGUAUGGGACAAUUUUUAUCUUUUCUUUUAAUUUUUUCUUUUUAUCCACUGCCACUUGCACGUCUCAAUUCGUACAAAUAAUAUAUCUUCGCUUGCAAUAUAAAGAGGGGAGGGUAAAGCAGAAAUAGAGUUUUAUUUGAUUAGUUUAUGGCAAUUGCAGCAAUGAUGAGCCUUAACGACGGCAGCAGCAACAAUAGUAAUAGUAAUAUUAAUAUUAAUAAUAAAGAAGAUGAUCACGAACAUGACAUAAUUAUGCCGGGGUUUCGGUUCCACCCUACUGAAGAAGAACUCGUUGAGUUCUACCUUCGCCGUAAGGUUGAGGGCAAACGUUUCAACGUUGAGCUCAUUACUUUCUUGGAUCUUUAUCGUUAUGACCCUUGGGAACUUCCUGCUUUGGCAGCAAUUGGAGAGAAAGAAUGGUUCUUCUAUGUUCCGAGAGAUCGAAAGUAUCGAAACGGGGAUCGGCCUAAUCGUGUGACGACUUCUGGGUACUGGAAGGCGACUGGAGCUGACCGGAUGAUUAGAAGUGAGAAUUGCAGGUCUAUUGGGUUGAAGAAAACCCUAGUUUUCUACUCUGGGAAAGCUCCCAAAGGCAUCCGAACAAGCUGGAUCAUGAAUGAAUACCGUUUGCCUCACAUCGACACUGAACGUUAUCAGAAGGCUGAGAUAUCACUUUGCCGAGUAUACAAGAGAGCUGGAGUGGAAGAUCACCCAUCCGUCCCUCGGUCAUUUCCGACAAGGGCAUCCUCAUCUUCUAGACCAUCAAAAUCCAUAGAGCUUCCUCAAAUUCACGUUUCUGGAGGACACUCGAUACAAGCCGAAAAGAUUAGUUGCGAAACAGAUGGAAGCUGCAGUAGCUCAGAUGUUACCACUGCUUUAGGAUUGACUAAUGCAUACCAUCAUCCAAUUACUACCUCAUCACUUGGAUUACCACCUGCUUCCAUACAAGAAGAGGAUAUGUUUCUUCACCAGUCGCGACAAGCUUCUCCUUUAGUCCCUAACAACAGCCUCUACGCCGGUUCAUCAAACCCGGUCGAUGAUCUUCAUACAUUACUAAACUAUCAGCAAUACUACACAACUACUACUCAUCAACAACAACUCUCCAUGAUGCAGCCGCACACGUUACCUCCCACUAUGUUACCAAGCUCGCUACCGGCCGCUGCCUUUUCAGAUCGAUUGUGGGAGUGGAAUCCAAUGCCGGAAGAAACUAGAGACCAGUACAACGUUAACAAUCCAUUCAAGUAACCAUUUAUUAUUAUAUGCAUCUCGUGCUUACAUCAAUUUUACUUUUGUGUUGCAAGUGAUAUAUAUAUUAUGUAUAUGCAGGAUAUUAUCUCUAAUUAUCAACUUUUAUCUAAGGUCAUUAGGUUUUGGAUGUGACAUAAAAAAAUUAUGUAUCAUCUUCCAGUCUCUGAUUCCUUGUAGGGAAUUUUGUUUUAGUCUAUAAUUUAAGUUUGUGUUUCAAUGUUAGCUAUAUAUGAGGAUCAGACUUCUUUGAGCUUCA